AUGUGGAAACGACUACCUCGCCACAACCGCGGCAAGGAGAACCAGAUCGGCAAUCCUGUCCUCAUCGAGACCACUUAUGAUGCCACCCUACUCGGUCGAACACGCGACUUAACCAACAUGCAAAUCGAACAUCCGAGCCUCAGCGCACGGCCUGCGUUUGGCAGAAGAAAUACCGAGGAUGUUCUGCAGGAGCUACCGCAAUUACCCUUCCGCUCACUGACCGCUCCAUUCAACGGCACUGAUGGCCACUACUCGACUGCUCCGAGUGCUUCGGUCUACUCUCAACCUUCGCCCGCAGUGCCAUUCGGUUGGGCUCGGCCUCUCACAGAUUCAUCGACCCUAGCAGAAGAGCCGCAAAUCUCUCCACCAAGCUCACCUGAACCCGAAGCCCUUAGUUAUGACGGCCGAUCAUACCCGGUUCGCGAAGUCUCUCCAGUUGACAACAUUGCAUCAUUGCACAGUGACAGCAAGGAGAACGCUCAACUAUCCAGCCACAUCCCGCGCCUUCGAAGAGCUGGUGCUGAUGUUACGACUCGAUGGGAUGACUUCUCCGGCUAUCAUGGGCCGACUAUCAACGAUGGGCGAUUCAAGCUUAAUAGUGGAAACACUACUGGCAUCGAUGAAUUCACCGCCUUCAAGAGCACAGAGCGCGAGGGCCGCUUCAAGGAGAAAGGCCUUACCAUUGAUACCAGGCCGCCGUGGAAAGGUGCAAGCGGACGUUCAGCGAUCGUCGGACCUCUCAAGGAUAACAAAUCACUCUACGGACGAUCCCUCGCUGUGCCCGGUCGCAACGACCAAAGGCCAAGUCCAACUGUCUCGGACAGCUCUGGCUUGACCACUCCAUCGUCGGCUGUCCAGACUGCGCGGAUGUUGCUCAUAGGCACCUCAACAGAUCAAUCCAGCAAGGAGUUACAAGACACAGAUGACGAGACAAUCAAACCCAUCGUGCCGCUCAAGGCUGGGCGGAACAGUCCCCUAAGGAAUGUCACUCCAAUAACGCCAGCAGGUAUCAGAGUCCAUCCGUAUCCGAGCCCCAUAACUCCAAGCGUCCAGCACGAAAACCUAUCCACUUCCGGGGCGUACCAUCAGGAACUCCACUCUUCGCCGGAGUCGGAGGAUCCGCCUCAGGCUGCACGUCGAGCGUCGCUCGGUACAAUCGACAGCACCCACACCGCUCGCCAAGUCGGGGAACGUGAUCCCGUGAGCCGCUUCAGCUGGACAACCUACGCCACGAGCACGACAUACCAGCAAAGUCCACCGUCGAGUCCGCCUCCACCAAUGCCGACCACAUUCCCAUUAUCAGUUAUGUCGACGCCAACGCCAGCUGCAGCAGCAGUAAUGAGCCGUCGCCGCCCCGUCCCCAGCAUAGCCUCCUCCAUCACCUCCACAACCAGCCGGAAGCCAGUCCCAACCUCCACCAGCACUUCUCCCGCAACCCACACUCUACCCCGUCGCAACUUCUCCGCAGCCUCCCCCUCCGACGUAUCCAAAGCCCUGCCCCAACCUCCCACCUUGGCGGAAUCAAGCGACCACGUCUCAACCCUGCAAGCGCAACUCGAUGACCUGCAGCUCCGCCGGCGCAACAUCAGCCGCGUGGUGCGGGACCUCUCAAGCAACGCGGCGACGAGCCCGCUGGUGACGGAUCUCAGGCAGAGGCGAGAAGCGGAGAGGCGGGUCAGGGAGUAUGAGGCUGAGCUGAUGGAGAUUGGGAGCCGCGAGCAUGAGGUGGGACUCAGGUUGCAUCGGGCGUUGAAGAAGAAGGAUCGGGAGGAGGGGGGUGGGUAUGAUAGUGUGCUUUGGGUCAGGAGGGUUACUGGGUGA